CUUUACUCUCUCAUGAGUUCUAUAAAAACUAAAACGAACCCACUUAUCCCAACUACUAUCUGGAAUAAUUUUAGAGAGAGAAAGAGAGAGAAUUAGAAGUGGGACGAACUGGGAACACAAAGGAAAUUGAGGAGAGAGAAAUGGGUUUUAUGAGAAGUUUAUUCUUUGUUUUUCUGGUGGUGAUCUUUGCAGAGAGAUCAGAUGCUACUGUGUACAAUGUUGGAGACGUUACUGGUUGGGGAAUUCCUGCAAAUAACGACUUCUAUGAUGACUGGACUAACAACAAGACCUUCCGUGUUGGAGACCAAUUAUCCUUCAAUUGGACUGCCGGGACACACGACGUGGCUGAAGUAAACGAGAACGAUUAUGAUAACUGCACAAAGGUUUCCAUCGUAAUCGCCAGCCCAGUAGUCAUUAAUCUUACAAAACCUGGUGAGCACUACUUCAUUUGCACUAUUGGUGACCACUGCCAAAGGGGACAGAAAUUGGACAUUGAAGUCCAAGCCGCGAAUUCGACUGCUCCGCCACCGUCGGGCACUACUACCGGAACUACCCCAUCAUCCAUUGGUGCUUUGUGUGCGACAAUAUCCUUCCUAGUAUUUUCUUUCUUGGCUUAGGGAGGUUUAGUUGUGUUAUGUCUUUUGUCUUAUGCUUCUUCAUUUUGCUGCCAGUUUUUUUAAUUUUUUUUUGUUUUAGUAUCUGUUUGUAUUAUGCUUAUUUAAACACAUAUAUCUAGUGUGUUUUUUAUUGAUAGAAUUAAUAAACGACAUUGUGACAUUGUUGUGGAUUGUU